AUGGCAACCUUGGAAGAACUUGAAAACACAGAUGAGCCGGAAAUCGACACCGAGAUUCUGGGGUCGUCCACAACGGACAUCACCAAUCGCUCAAAGCUGUUGGAUAACGAGAUCAAGCUGUUUAGAUCGGAACUGCUGAGACUGCAGCACGAGAAGACCGUAAUGCUGGAGAAAAUCAAAGACAACAAAGAUAAGAUUGAGAACAACAAGCAACUACCCUACUUGGUGGGGAACGUUGUCGAGCUGUUAGAUAUGGAGGCCGAGGAAGAUGCCACUGAGGAAGGCGCUAACGUGGAUUUGGACUCCACCAGAGUGGGAAAAUCCGCUGUAGUGAAGACCUCCACCAGACAGACCGUGUUUUUACCCCUAAUAGGACUUGUUGAUCCUGCUGAGCUGAAGCCUGGUGACCUGAUUGGUGUCAAUAAGGACAGUUAUCUGAUUCUGGACACGCUUCCAGCCGAGUACGAUUCGAGAGUGAAGGCCAUGGAGGUUGAAGAGAAGCCUGCUGAAACCUAUUCGGAUAUUGGUGGUUUGGACAAACAAGUGGAGGAGCUUGUAGAGGCGGUUGUUUUGCCCAUGCAGCAGGCUGAAAAGUUCAAGAAUUUGGGUAUCAAGGCCCCCAAAGGUGCUCUUAUGUACGGACCUCCUGGAACUGGAAAGACUUUGCUAGCUAGAGCAUGUGCAGCUCAAUCGAAUGCCACCUUUUUGAAACUCGCGGCUCCACAAUUGGUCCAGAUGUUUAUUGGUGAUGGUGCUAAGUUAGUGCGCGAUGCCUUUGCUCUGGCCAAGGAGAAGGCUCCUACCAUCAUUUUCAUAGAUGAGUUGGAUGCCAUUGGUACAAAGAGAUUUGAUUCUGACAAGAGCGGUGACAGAGAAGUGCAGAGAACCAUGUUGGAGUUACUUAACCAGCUGGACGGGUUUGACUCCGACGACAGAGUGAAGGUCUUGGCUGCCACCAACAGAGUGGACGUGCUGGAUCCAGCUUUGCUGCGUUCUGGGCGUUUGGAUCGUAAGAUCGAGUUUCCAUUACCCACUGAAGAAGCCAGGGCUCAGAUUCUGCAGAUUCAUGCAAGAAAGAUGACCGUUGAUGAUAAAGUCAACUGGGAGGAAUUGGCCAGAUCCACGGAUGAGUUCAACGGUGCCCAAUUGAAGGCGGUGACCGUGGAAGCAGGUAUGAUUGGCUUGAGAAACGGACAAAACAUGAUCAAGCACGAGGAUUUCGUGGAGGCCAUUGGCGAGGUGCAAGCGAGAAAGACCAAAUCUGUCUCAUUCUACGCGUGA